CUCUUUCAGAGUUCAGACCCUUCCUUUGAGUAUCUUACUUCAGUUCCAAAGCCAGGAUUCUAAUCAUGUCUCAUCCAUCUAUGUGAUUGUGGAGAUAAUAGAGAAGACAAACAGAGAAACUUAAUCUAAUAUAUAUAUAUAUAUACACAUAUGCAACAAUUAUAGGGUAUUUCACUGGCAAACUGAAGCUGCUUUAGAAGUUUCUUGGCAACCUCAUUUGAAGAAGUGAAUGAGACUUUGCAGCUGCAGGGAGAGGAAAUAAAGUGAGAAAGCUAAGUGUUUGAAGGCUAAACUGGUUACUUGAUAUUACUUUCUUGAAUCAAGGGACAAGCUUUCUUGUUUUAUUUUUUGUAUUCUUUUUGAAGUUACCAUGGACUCUUCAAAUCUCCAUUCUCAAUUCAAGGUUGAAGAACAGUAUGUUAAGUAUACCUCUAUGUUAACUCAAAUUGGUCCUCAAGUAUCAACUGCAGACGAAUGGAAGCACGACUUCUUUCCGAGUAUUGGUGGCAGAUACAAUAGGACUCUGGUUGACUCCAUCCCUAAAUCAAGGGAACUAUGGACACCGCCUUUGAUAAGGACCUCGGUGAAUGAGGGCAGCUUCUACCAACAAUCCGCAAACGAGUUUCUCCUUGCAAAUAUCAAAGAUGAUAUGUCAGGCUCCUUCACCAAACUGAGUGAGAUGUACUGCAACUCUAGCGCAGAGGACCCGCAUUUACCGUCUAAAAAACACUAUCCACAAUCCAUUGAUCAAGAUCUAGGGGGAAAUCUAUGGCACGGAAAUUUCUCCAUUGCUAACAACAUGACCGAGCGGCAGCUUUUGUCUGGAGACUUGUACAUUAAUUCUAAUGAUCACUCCCCAUGUUUGGGAACUGCAGCAGCUAGCAGAUAUGAUUUCAAUCAUAUCUUUCCAAGUACAAAUAUUGCUACCACAGAUAUGUGCUCCACAUUGAUUUCAAACUCUUUGGACUUGAACUUGAAAUCCUUGGAUCUUUUCAACUCUACAUAUGAUAGUGGGAGAUGCAAUCAAUAUUUAGUUGAAAAUCCUGAAAAAAUAAGCAGAAAUGUGCUUAUGGGCCAUGAUCCUAGAAGAGAAAGUAAUGACAGUCCAUCCACCACCUCCAGAGUAUCAACCUUUGUUAGUGGAUCAACUACAAGUGCAAAGAGACCUGGUAGCUUUUCCGAUACAAAGGAAUCCCAUACAGAUACUAAGAAGUGCCGGUCCUCGAAGUCACGGUCCCCAUGUCCAACGUUAAAGGUGAAACUAAUAUUAACCGAUGCUUCAUUUUUAUGCAAAUUCUCACUAGCUUGGACCUUGAUUUUUUAACCUUAGGUUAGAAAGGAGAAAUUAGGAGACAGGGUUGCUGCACUUCAGAAGCUGGUGGCACCAUUUGGAAAGACAGAUACUGCUUCAGUGUUAACAGAAGCCAUUGGGUACAUCCAGUUCCUCCAUGACCAAGUUGAGACAUUGAGUGUGCCAUUUAUGAAAUCAUCACAAAGCAAGCUUUAUAGAACCAUGCAAACGGGUAUGAAAGAAGGAAAAGAAGAGCAGAAGCCUGAUCUUAGAAGUAGAGGACUAUGCCUUGUGCCCCAGUAUUGUGCCGAGUAUUUUAUUAAUCGUUGCUUUAAUGGAAUUUAGAUAUUCCCCCUUUGAGAAACUUGAGGUUGUACAUAAGAAAAAUGAUUCCAGCCUUUCGAAUUACGAAAACUACUGGUGUAGGCUCAAGGUCUGGUUAUUGAGACUAAGAGCUUUAGCUAGCUCAUAUAUAUUUGUCAACCUCCAUGAAAAGAUAUUUUUAUUAGGGGAUCAUCAAGUU